AAACUUACUAGUGCUAUAGAAAACAAAUAAUUGAUUGAUACUUUUUCUCGCAAAUUCGAGUACGAUUUCUGGUAUAAAAACGGUUUCAAAUACUCAAGCUGUUAUCAUUGAACUAGUAGCCAUGAAGACAAUCAUCUCAGUCACUCUGGUAGCGUUCGUGGCAGUUUGCGCCGGGCAAACCGCGAACUACUGCGACCCAGCUCUGUGCCCCAAUGGAGGUCCCCACAUCGCUUGCAAAGGGCUCACGGCCCUGGCCAGCACCUGUGGUGCCGGUUCCUUCGAGGUGGUCAUGAACAAAACCAACCAGGACGUGAUUUUGGAGGCGCACAACAAGCUUCGUAGCAAGGUGGCCACCGGACAGGAGAAGAACAAAUUGGGCGCCAAAUUCAGCGCAGCUUCCCGGAUGGGUACUUUGCAAUGGGAUGCAGAGUUGGCCAGCAUUGCUGCCGCCAACGCUAGACGUUGUGUGUACGGACAUGAUGUGUGUCGCAACACGGCUACCUUGAAGUACGUUGGCCAGAAUAUUGCCAUCAAGAAGUAUUACGGCAUGACCUUUACCGAUACUCAACUGUUCAACGAGUUGGUUGGCAACUGGUACAGUGAGGCUGAAAAUGCCACGGUCGCCGUACUUGCCCUCUAUCCGAAGGGCUACACUGGCCCUGUUAUCGGUCACUUCACCCAGGUUGUCUCGGAUCGCACCACUAAGGUGGGAUGUGCCAUGGUAAGCUACGUCGUCAGUCCAUUCACCACUAAGUUGCUUGUGUGCAACUACGGAUUCACAAACAUGGUUGGUUUGCCAAUUUACGUGGCUGGCGAUGCUUGCUCGAAGUGUACUACUGGAUGUAGCCGCACCUAUCCUGGUCUGUGCAAUGCUGGUGAAGACAUUAAAAACGGUGUUUAAACUAGAGUGAAUAAUUAUCUGAAUUGUGAAACUGACAAUAAAGA